CUUUAAUCGCUCAUCAAUGGACUUCGACGGGCUGUCGUCACCACCAGCACCCCAUUUAUCACUGCCAUCGAGCAGCGCACCAGAGCCAACGCCGUCAUCAAAUGGGACGCCAAGAUCAGCCCAAAGACGCCCGGUGUCAGAUGCAUUAGCUUUUGCUGAUGAUACGGCCCAGGGCGGUGAAAAUGCAGACGAAUCGGGUGGGAGGCGCAGAAGGAAAGCGAGAAACCAGCCUGGUGGUGAGGUCACAAUGGUUCGAGAUGCCGUCGGUGAAAGUGUCUGCGAAAGCUUCGAAACAUUUUUAAAGACCUUCACCGAGGAUGUCGCCCUCCCAUCUACUCCUGGAUCCGAUGGGGGUCUUCCAGAGUUCACGGACGGCGAACUCAUCUAUACCCAGCAAAUUCACACCAUGCGUGAAUACGAAAUUUCAACGCUGUAUGUGGAUUACAGCCAUAUCCUCCAAAAAGACGAUGUUCUGGCGGACGCAAUUAAGAAACAGUACUACCGAUUCCUACCAUACCUGCGCCGCGCGGUUCACAAUCUCGUCGCCGAGUACGAGCCAGAAUAUCUCAAGGUUAACCCAACCGCAGCCACAACCGACUCCGUAAAUCUUCAAACCCGCGAAUUCAGCAUAGCAUUUUAUCAUUUACCUUUGGUAUCGGGCAUUCGUGAGCUGCGCACAGACAAAAUUGGUACUUUGAUGAGUAUCAGCGGAACCGUCACGCGGACCAGCGAAGUGCGACCGGAACUACUAUACGGCAGCUUCAUCUGCGAGGUUUGUGGAGGUCUGAUCAAUGAGAUUGAGCAACAAUUUAAAUAUACCGAGCCAAGUUUGUGCCCAAACCCAACUUGCGGAAACCGUGUCGCAUGGCAAUUGCAAAUCGAUACCUCCAAAUUCACUGACUGGCAAAAAGUUCGCAUUCAGGAAAACCCAUCCGAGAUACCAACAGGUUCCAUGCCACGUUCUCUGGACGUUAUCUUGCGCGGCGAGAUGGUGGAACGCGCGAAAGCAGGUGACAAAUGCGUGUUUACCGGAACAUUCAUCGUCGUACCAGAUGUCGGUCAACUCAGCUUGCCCGGAGGAGAAAAGCCCCAGCUGUCGCGUGAAACAAGCAGGGCAAAUGCUGCAGCCGGGGGAAUCACCAGCGGUGUCACUGGGCUAAAGAGUCUGGGUGUUCGAGAUCUCCAAUACAAGACGGCGUUCUUAGCCUGUAUGGUACAUAAUGCUGACGGUAGGGGAGGAACGAAUAUCCGGGGUGAAGAAGACGAACGCGAGGAUGACGGACAAGCAUUCCUCAGGUCCCUGACCGAACCUGAAUUUGACGAACUCAAAAGCAUGAUUGAUUCAGAUCAUAUCUAUUCCCGCCUAGUCGAGAGUAUUGCGCCGACAGUAUACGGCCACGAGAUAGUGAAGAAGGGUUUACUAUUGCAAUUGAUGGGUGGUGUUCACAAGCAGACUGCUGAAGGCAUGCAUCUCCGUGGUGAUAUCAACAUCUGCGUCGUCGGUGAUCCUUCAACCUCGAAGUCUCAGUUCCUCAAAUAUAUUUGCUCGUUCUUGCCCCGUGCUGUCUAUACGUCUGGCAAAGCUUCCUCGGCCGCUGGUUUAACUGCAGCAGUAGUUAAAGAUGAAGAGACCGGUGACUUCACAAUCGAAGCUGGUGCACUCAUGCUUGCCGACAACGGUAUCUGCGCUAUCGAUGAAUUCGAUAAAAUGGACAUCUCCGACCAGGUCGCCAUUCACGAAGCGAUGGAACAGCAAACGAUUUCUAUUGCCAAAGCGGGAAUCCAUGCAACGCUUAAUGCGCGGACGUCGAUCUUAGCGGCCGCAAAUCCUAUCGGGGGGCGGUAUGACCGAAAGAAGACCCUGAGGGCCAAUGUUGCCAUGAGUGCACCGAUCAUGAGUCGUUUCGACUUGUUCUUCGUGGUUCUCGACGAGUGCGACGAGAAGACAGAUCUGAAUAUUGCCAAGCACAUUGUCAACGUACAUCGCUUCCAGGACGAGGCUAUUAACCCGGAGUUUAGUACGGAAGCUUUGCAGCGUUACAUUAGAUAUGCGAGGACCUUCAGCCCGAAGCUUACCCCUGAAGCGGCGGACGUCCUUGUGGAAAAGUAUCGCAUACUGCGGCAGGACGAUACUUCCGGUGCUUCUAGGAACUCGUACCGCAUCACUGUCCGGCAACUCGAGAGCAUGAUUCGUCUCAGUGAAGCCAUUGCUCGUGCAAACUGCACUGCCGAAAUUACCCCAGUGUUUGUACGCGAGGCGUACAGUCUCCUCCGUCAAUCCAUCAUCCACGUUGAACAGGAUGACAUCGACUUUGACGAAGAGGAACUGGAGGGGGCUCGAGAAAAUAAUGAUAAUGUCGCAUCUGCCGGCCGGAAUGCUGAGGAGAGCCAAGACGUCCAAAUGUCGGAUGCAACUGAUCAAUUGGAUGGAAGUGCCUUAGCUCUAAACCGCAUUGCGACAAGCAGCGGGGACGGACCGUCUUCCACAUCUCGGUUGGGAAGUAUGGUUCCGGAGGCUUCUGCUUCUGCUCCACCCAAGAGACGCAUGGUCAUUACGCACGACAAGUACAUGACAUUGCAAAGUAUGAUCGUCCUGCACUUGACUGCUACGGAGCAUGAGACUGGAAGAGGGAUUGACAAAGAUGAGUUAAUUGAUUGGUAUUUGGAAUUGAAGGAGUCAGAGAUGAGGGACGUCGAAGAAUUGGAGUAUGAGAAGGAACUCAUCACCAAAGUAUUGCGAAAACUUGUUAAGGACAACUACUUGAUUGAAGUCCGCGGAGACGUUCAAGAGUCAUUGCCAGAAUCUGUUGGAGAUUCGACAGACCUUUCCCUGCCGCAAGAUGGAGAGAACGUGCGCAUAUACUACAUGGUACAUCCCUCGGUGGACACAGAGAACUCUUCUUCAUACCCGUGACAAUACCAAUAGUUCUGCUUGUAUCUCCUGCAUGUUAUCCACCUUCGUUGUUGUAUCUGUACCAUGCCCUGUGUUACACUCGUUGAAGAAUUCCAGC